UAUGUAAACCUUCAUAAAAUAAAAUUGUAGGUAUUAUAAUUCUCAUAAAUUUUAACAGGAUAAUAACAUUUGAAAUGGAUUCAUUUCACACCAAAAAGCAUUAUUGACGGAAUAACAUGUUAAAAGACUUCGAUGGGCUAAUAUCGAGAAGCAAAAACCCAUGGGCUUUCAAAGGUUAUUGUGUGUCAGCAUCGUUUCCUUCGAUUUUGAUAAUCCGAAACUCUUCAAAUUCCCUCCGAAUCUUUCUCAGAGACGCUCUCACUCUCAGACACGAUGACUCCGCCACUGCUGAAGCUCGCGCUCGUCAAGGGCCCAAGAGAAGGCGAAUCUUUCGAAUACAAACCCGGAUCCACUAUCCGGAUCGGCCGAUUCGUUCGUGGGAACGAAAUCGCCAUCAAAGACGCCGGAAUCUCCACCAAACACCUCCGAAUCGUCUCCGAUUCCGAGAACUGGAUAAUCCACGACCUCGGAUCUUCCAACGGCACCAUGCUCAACUCUGAAUCUCUCGACGCAGACGCUCCCGCUACUCUCCGCCACGGAGACGAAAUCAAGCUCGGUGAGUAUACUUCCAUCGUAGUGAGCUUCGAGACUGAUGUUCAGGCCGAGGAGGAGGAGGAGGAGCCUAAGCUUCCCCCGAGGCCGAGAAGGAAUACGAGACGCCUCCCUGUUUCGGAUCCGGAUCCGGUUCAGGAGAAACCAACGCAGCCUGAACCGCCGAAGAGAGGUAGGGCUACGAGAAGUAAAGUAGCGGUUACGAAGGUGGAGGAAGAGGCGGUUGCGGUGGAGAAGAAGGGAAACUCUAGGGCUCGGGGAGGUAAGAAGAAUAACACUGAGGCGGUUUUGGAUUCAAACAAAUUGGAGAUUGAGGAUACACCGAAGGGAGUGGAGAUCUCAGCGAAGAAGAGAGGGACGAGGAGCAGCAGGCAGGUUGGGAAUGUAAAGAGUGAGGAUACUGCUUUAGAGGAGAUGAGAAGAACUACGAGAAGUAAGAGGAAAGAGAUUGGUGGAGAUGAUUCUUUUCUGGAUUUGGAUAUGGUCCUGAGCCAAGCCCGUGCUAAGAAGAAGACAAUGGAUAAGAAGAGCGUUGUAGGAGAGAUGGAAGCUAGAGAUGAGGAUGUUGAAGCUCAGAAAGGUCGCAGUGAAACUAGUGAUAAAGAAGAUGAGGCACCUAAGAGGGCAGAGCAGGUGGAGAUUGAGUCAAGAAAGAGCACAUUAGGAGAAGAGGAUGUUGAACAAGAUAAGGAAAAUGUAAUGGAUGUUAGUGAAACAAGUGAUAAAGAUGAUGAGACGUCUAAGAGGGCCGAGACUGAGUCAGGGAAGAGCUCGUUGGGAGAAAAUGGAGAGGCAGAGAACUUGCAAGAUGCAGUUGAAGAGGAAGGAGACUGUAAUAGCGUUGAGGCUGGAGUUGAGACAUCAGAUGGAGAGUGUGAAGAAGAAGAAGAAGAAGAAGAAAAGGCUGAGCAGGAAUCGAGGAAUGUAGUUGAGAAGGUGGAUUUAGAGAAGAUGACACUAGGAGACUGGUUUGAAUACAUGAAGGUGUACAUGCGGAAAAAGAUGGUGGAUGAGACAGAGGAGAUGAUAGAGGGCAUGAGAGCUAAAUCUCGGAGAGUUCACCAGUAUAUUGCUGAGCAGAAGCAAGCACAGGGCAAAGAAAUGGAUGUGUAGAGUUUAAUUUAGACCCAUCCCCGUGAGAGAGAACUAUGACCCUCCUUAUUAAAGUUAGGUAGCUAACAUCUCUUUUCUUAUCUCUUUGUAUGAGAUUGUUUCAAAGCAAAGCACCUGCAUCUAAUAUAUAACUCGAUUUGGUGCUUGA